CUAUCACAUGACAAAGGCUUUGAGACAGCUUCAUCUUCGUCUGUCUGUAAUUUCUAUUUGCCUUCCUGGGUCACAGUAAUGAAAGGCAGUAGUAGGAAUAAGGAGCAUUCGACAGAAGGAGAAGGAACUGGGAAGCGACCAAAAAGAAAGUGUCUUCAGUGGCAUCCCCUGCUUGCCAAGAAACUCCUUGACUUCUCUGAAGAGGAAGAAGAAGAGGAGGAAGAGGAAGAUAUUGAUAAGGUGCCGCUCCUUGGUGCUGACGGUUUGGAGCAGGAUGCUGAUGAAACCGAAGAUGACGAGUCCUCAGAGCAGCGAGCUCGCCGACCAAUGAAUGCAUUUCUCUUGUUCUGCAAACGCCAUCGCUCUCUCGUGCGAAAAGAACACCCUCGCCUUGAUAACCGUGGCGCAACCAAGAUCUUGGCGGAUUGGUGGGCUGUUCUAGAUCCAAAAGAAAAGCAGAAAUACACUGACAUGGCCAAGGAGUACAAGGAUGCAUUUAUGAAGGCAAACCCAGGGUACAAGUGGUGCCCCACAACAAACAAACCUGUGAAAAGCCAGACAUCCACUGUUACAAACAGGAAAAAGCUGUGGGCCUUCGCAUCAGAGACUGCAAAAGAUUUACCGAGCCCAAGAAGUGUGACAAAAAGUGAAGAAAUGCCACAGCUUAACUUCGGGAUGGCAGAUCCUACACAAAUGGGAGGCCUGAGUAUGCUGCUUCUAGCAGGGGAGCAUGCCCUGACUGCACAAGAGGUUUCCUCGAGUACGUGUCAGUCUGAUGCAACUAAUUCUACGGAAACCUGUCAGAAGUCGUCAUUGUUUCAAUUUGCAGAGAUCUCAUCAAAUACUUCCCAGUUGUCAAGUCCUGAGCCAGUAAAGCACUGUGGGAAGUCGGCACUCUUCCAGUUGGCAGAGAUUUCUUCAAGUACAUCCCAUUCAAGUCCCUCUGAUUUAACAAAACAGUGUGGAACAUCAGCGUUAUUUCAGCUGGCAGAGAUGUGCCUUGCUUCGGAAGGAGUAAAAGUGAAAGAACCUGGGAAAACAAAAGUGGAAGCACUGGAAGAUGUGGGAAGGGAAGUUCCAGAGGAAAUGGAAGUAGAAAAACUGGAGAAAACAACAAUAAAAGACUUCUGUAAAGGAAAAGUAGAACAAUUGGAGAUAGAGAAAAUGCAAAACCGAGAUGAGACAAAAACUGAGGAAUCAGAAACUGCAAAAUGCAGAGAUUUUACUAGUCUUGCAAUGGAGAGCAAUCCUUUUGAGAGAAAUGUUAACUCAAAGGAUCACAUAUGCUGUUCUCCAGAGCUUUCAAUGGCUGACAUGAAUAUCCUCGGGCUAAAGCCAGAAAAGAUAAAGAAGAAAAAGAAAAAAAAUAAGUUGGACCGGCACACAAACGAAAAAUCCACCCCCAAGAAGCCUUGUAAAAAGAGGCAGUCCUCUGAGUCGGACAUUGAAAGUGUGAUGUAUACGAUUGAAGCCGUUGCAAAGGGGGACUGGGGGGCUGAGAGACUUGGGGAAACUCCCCGCAAAAAACCUCGCCCUGUUUCAAAUGUGAAGGGAAGUGUGUUGGAUACAAAAUCACCAAAGAAAAAAGUGAAAUCGAAAGAGAAGAAAACAUCAAAGGAAAAACCCAUGGAGACCACCAAAGAAUCAAAGCCUCCCGAUUUCCUUAGUAUUGCAGCCAGCAAGGAAGUACCCUGUGAGGCUUCUGACAGCAUUAAGGUGGAACCACUGACCCCAACGGAGGAGGUGGUACCCCAAAGCUUACCAGAACAGGUCAAAACUGAGGACAGUGACUGUGUUAAAAAGAUAGAAACCUGUGGCUCCAGGAAAUCGGAGAGAUCUUGCAAAGGUGCUCUUUACAAAACUCUGGUGUCAGAGGGCAUGCUCACGUCUCUGCGUGCUAAUGUAGACAGAGGAAAAAGAAGCUCAGGAAAAGGCAACUCCUCAGAUCAUGAAGGAUGCUGGAAUGAAGAAAACUGGGCUUUCUCCCAAAGUGGGACAAGUGGGAACAAAAAACUGAAAAAGACUAAGCCAAAGGAAGAGUUUGGGUUUGGCUUAGCAAAGUUGGAAGAAGAAUUUGAAAAGAAAUUCAACAGCCUCCCUCAAUACAGUCCUAUUACCUUUGACAGGAAAAGUUCGGGUGUUCCAAGAAAAAAGAGAAAGGUUGGAAGCAGCUCGUCUGAACAACCAAAAUCCAACAAAGGUUCAUUCCAGUCUCAGAAAUUCUACAAAAUUAUCAGCAAAUGUAAGCACAGAAAGCAGAAGCGUAAUGUUCCGGACACAG